CGUCUUUAUCGAGUGCGGUCACACUGUCGACUUUGUAAUUUUUUUCGCAAGGCUAAAUCGCUGCUUAAAUUAAGCUAUAAUCUGUGUAAUCCACGCGCUAAUCGUGCCAGACAGGUGAUCCCAUGCAGCAAUGCAGCAAAAUAUGAUGUUUGCCGGGCACUGCAAACGCUCGGCGACUGCAAAUAAAGUGCAAAUUCUCUGACCCCAGCGCGUCACCCAAAAGAGAGACAGAGUGAGAGAGAAAGAAAAAAGUUGACGCGAGCAGCGCUGCCGAAGACGUUGGAAUUCGUGCUCCGCCGCAGCUGCUGUUGUGGUUGUUGUUGCUGCCGCCGCCGCUGCUGUCGCACAGCAAUAACGGUAGAGAGACCAACAACAACAACAAAUACAAAUGUCAAAGUGAAACUGACUGCGCUGCCCCAAGAACAACAAUAACAAUAACAAUACGCGGAACAUUAUUAGGAAGAGCAAAACUGUGAUCUCUGCUUUUCGGGGCAAUUGUUCAAUUUGGCUGUGCUCGAAAGUAAAUUUAGUCAACUCGUUACGCGUAUUUGCGGCCAUCGGCAGACGUUUCUCCACUGGCGGCUGGAAAAUCAAUUCUUCGGACUGCCAAAGGGCAGCAACGAGCAGCAGUUGUUGUGUUAAAUUUAUUUUGCGGCCCAGCCCAAAACAAAACGAGAGGAGAAAGAAGCAGAGGCAGAGACAGAGGCGUAGCAGAAGCAGCGCAGCCGGAUUUGCAAAUAGUUGCCGCAGCGCAGAGGUGUGGAUAGACACUAGCCACGAUGGCGUACCGCAAGCCCAGCGAUCUGGACGGAUUCAUCCAGCAGAUGCCCAAGGCAGAUAUGCGCGUGAAGGUGCAGCUGGCCGAGGAUCUGGUGACAUUCCUGAGCGACGACACAAACUCUAUUGUAUGCACGGACAUGGGCUUCCUCAUAGAUGGACUCAUGCCGUGGCUGACUGGUAGUCACUUUAAGAUUGCACAAAAGUCUCUGGAGGCCUUUUCGGAGUUGAUCAAGCGGUUGGGCAGCGACUUCAACGCUUACACAGCCACCGUGCUGCCACAUGUGAUCGAUAGGCUGGGGGACAGUCGAGACACGGUGCGCGAGAAAGCGCAACUGCUACUGCGCGACCUCAUGGAGCACCGAGUGCUGCCACCGCAGACGCUGAUCGACAAGCUGGCCACGAGCUGUUUCAAGCACAAGAACGCCAAGGUGCGCGAGGAGUUCCUGCAGACCAUAGUGAAUGCUCUACACGAGUAUGGCACCCAGCAGUUGAGCGUGCGCGUCUAUAUUCAGCCAGUAAGUGCCCUUUUGGGUGAUCCCACUGUAAAUGUGCGGGAGGCAGCCAUUCAAACUCUUGUGGAGAUCUACAAGCACGUGGGCGAUCGCCUGCGGCCGGAUCUUCGCCGAAUGGAUGACAUGCCCGCCUCCAAACUGGCGCUGUUGGAGCAAAAGUUUGAUCAAGUCAAGCAGGAGGGACUGUUACUGCCCUCCGCCCUCAAAAACGCCAAUGGCAACGGCAAUGGUAACGGCUUGGGCCUGGACGAGGCGGACAACAUUGGGAUUAGGGAGCGACCCACGAGGAUGAUCAAGAGACCGCUGCACUCGGCCGUCUCCUCAACGUUGCGAUCUAAACCAAGUGCGACCGACGUGAGUGGUGAUGCUGGCGCAGUGACCAUGGAGAUCUUCGAGGCUAGCUUCGAGGUCGUCCCGCAGCUGAACAUCUUUCAUGCCAAGGACAUGGACGAUAUAUACAAGCAAGUACUGGUCAUCAUUAGCGAUAAGACCGCAGAUUGGGAGAAGCGUGUCGAGGCGCUGAAGAAGAUUCGAGCACUCCUUAUCCUCAGCUACCACACGCAACCGCAGUUCGUGGCUGUGCAGCUGAAGGAGCUGUCACUGGGCUUUCUGGACAUCCUCAAGGAGGAGCUCCGCUCACAGGUGAUCCGCGAGGCUUGCAUCACUAUUGCCUACAUGUCCAAGACGCUGAGGAAUAAGCUGGACGCCUUCUGCUGGAGCAUUCUGGAGCAGCUGAUAAACCUGAUUCAGAACAGCGCAAAGGUCAUAGCCUCGGCAUCCACGCUGGCCCUGAAAUACAUUAUCAAAUACACGCAUGCCCCGAAGCUGCUCAAAAUCUAUACGGACACGCUGAAUCAGUCCAAGUCAAAGGAUAUCCGGUCAACACUGUGUGAGCUAAUGGUACUGCUUUUCGAGGAGUGGCAGACCAAGGCGUUGGAGCGGCAUUCCACCAUUCUGAGGGACGCACUGAAAAAGUCGAUCGGGGAUGCAGACAGCGACGCGCGACGGCAUUCCAGGUGCGCCUACUGGGCGUUCAGAAGACACUUUCCGGAUCUGGCCGAUCAAAUAUACGGUACUCUAGAUAUAGCAGCCCAGCGAGCAUUGGAACGGGAGCGAGAGGGUGGCAGUAGUUCUGGCAGCUCAGUGGCGGCACCGGAAACAAGACGCACCGUGUCCCGCAUUGGCAGAGCUCCGGGAACCCUGCAGAAGCCUACGCCCAGUAUGCGUUCCAUUUCGGCGGUCGACACGGCGGCAGCCCAGAGAGCCAAGGCCAGAGCGCAAUACACAUUGUAUUCGAGGCAAAAGAAGCCGCUGGUGCCUAGCAAUUCUAUCGCCCAGGGACCGGGAUCCGGAGCGGCGGGCAGUGGGUCCCUGCCCAGGCCGCGUCUGAAUUCCAACAGCGGAAUUACACCGGCGACCACGCCGGGAGUUGUUACGCCUCGAUCCCGGGGAAGAGCAGGUGUUUCCCAGUCACAGCCAGGAUCACGUUCCACCUCGCCAAGCACAAAGCUGCGGGAUCAGUACGGCGGCUUAGGUGGCUAUUAUCGUGGAGCCACAGGCGCAAUACCCAAAAAGGCUUCUGGAAUUCCACGAAGCACGGCCAGCUCCAGAGAAACAAGUCCCACCAGAUUGGGUGGCGGCCUAAUGAAACGCAGCAUGUACUCGACGGGAACGGGAACGGGAUCGCGACGGACGCCGGAGAGGAAUAAUCCCGUGAGGCCCUCGGCAGCUGCUCGUCUUCUGGCGCAAUCCCGCGAAGCAGAACACACAUUGGGCGGACCAGCGGAUGACGGACAGGAGAACUAUGUGUCAGGAGAUUAUAUGCGCAGCGGAGGAAUGCGGAUAGGCAGGAAACUGCUGGGCCGGGAUGAGUCGGACGACAUUGACUCCGAGGCCAGUUCUGUGUGCUCAGAGCGAUCCUUUGACUCCAGCUACACGAGGGGCAAUAAAUCGAACUAUUCGCUGAGCGGCAGCCACACCCGCUUGGACUGGAGCACGCAGCGGGCGCCCUUCGAUGACAUCGAGACGAUUAUCCAGUUCUGCGCCUCCACGCACUGGUCAGAGCGGAAGGAUGGACUCAUUAGCCUUACGCAGUAUCUGGCCGAUGGCAAGGAGCUGACCCAGCAGCAGCUGCAGUGCGUGCUGGACAUGUUCCGCAAGAUGUUCAUGGACACGCACACCAAGGUGUACUCACUGUUCUUGGACACAGUCACCGAGCUGAUCUUGGUGCAUGCUCCUGAACUGCACGACUGGCUCUUCAUCCUGCUGACGCGGCUGUUCAAUAAGCUGGGCACCGACCUCCUCAACUCGAUGCACAGCAAGAUCUGCAAGACGCUGCAGGUGGUGCACGAGUACUUCCCCACGCAGUUGCAGCUCAAGGAGCUGUUCAGGAUCAUCUCGGACUCCACGCAGACGCCGACAACUAAGACGCGCAUCGCCAUCCUGCGCUUCCUCACCGACCUGGCCAACACGUACUGCAAGAGCAGCGACUUCCCCAGCGACCAUAGCCAAGCCUGCGAACGGACGGUUCUUAAGCUAGCCCAGCUGUCGGCCGACCAGAAGUCGAUGGAGCUGCGCUCCCACGCCAGGAACUGUCUGGUGGCGCUCUACAAUCUAAACACCCCGCAGAUGACCCGGCUCUUGGCCAACCUGCCAAAGGGAUACCAGGACUCGGCCCGCACCUGCAUACAGACGCACAUGCGGCGUCAAAGCCAGUGUGGCAAUUCGGGUGCCAAUUCGCCAAGCAGUUCUCCGCUGAGCAGCAGCAGCCCUAAGCCCCUGCAGAGCCCCUCAGUGGGGCCGUUCGCCUCGCUACAGAGUCACCACCAGCUCAGCCUGAGCUCCACUAGUCCCCGCUCCCGCCAGUCCUCCGUGGAGCAGGAGCUGCUGUUCUCUUCGGAGCUGGACGCCAUCCAGCACAACAUACAGAAGACGUCGGAGGAGAUCCGCCACUGCUUCGGCGGCCAGUAUCAGACGGCGCUGGCGCCCAAUGGCUUCAACGGACACCUGCAGUACCACGAUAUGGGCCAGCAGGACUCGUGUGCCUCCCUGUCUUCCAACUCCAAGACGCAAUCGUCGGCCAACACCACGCAAUCGAAUACACCGGAGUCGGCGACCAUGCGUCUGGAUAACCUAGAGCGAGAUCGGACGGUUCAGAAUGCCAAGUCACCGUUGCCAUCGGGCGAUGCCAAGGUGUCCAUCACAUUGAACGUGGCCGAGAACGGAGAGCUGAUCCUGGCCAGCGAUCUGAUGGAGAGCGAGGUUGUGCGCGUGGCACUGACACUGACCAAGGAUCAGCCUGUGGAAAUGCUACAGACGUCGCUCACGAACCUGGGCAUCUGCAUCAAGGGCGGAAACUGUGAGCUGCCCAACAAGCACUUCCGCUCGAUCAUGCGCAUGCUGCUCAACAUUCUGGAGGCGGAGUCUACGGACGUUGUCAUCUCCGGCCUGCACGUGCUCAGCAAGAUCAUGCGCAGCACUAAGAUGCGCCACAACUGGAUGCACUUCCUGGAGCUAAUCCUGCUGAAAAUUAUCCAGUGCUAUCAGCACAGCAAAGAGGCGCUGCGGGACAUUGAUUCAAUGAUUCCACGCAUCGCGCCCUCUCUGCCGCUGGACCUGUCCAUCAACAUUGUCAAUCCGGUGAUAGCGACGGGCGAGUUUCCCACGAAUCUGUGCGCCAUUAAGAUCCUGCUGGAGGUGACAGAACACCACGGUUCGGAGAUCACGGACGCCCACCUGGACAUUGUGUUCCCGAACUUGGCGCGGUCGGCGGACGACACGCAGUCGAUGGUGCGCAAGGCAGCCGUCUUUUGCAUUGUCAAGCUGUACUUUGUCCUCGGCGAGGAGAAGGUCAAGCCGAAGCUAUCUGUGCUGAAUCCCAGCAAGGUGAGGCUCCUGAACGUGUAUAUCGAGAAGCAGCGCAACUCCAUUAGCGGCGGUGGCAGCUCCACGAAGAACUCCUCGGCGGCAUCCUCCUCAUGAUUGCGGGAAAGCGCGCCGCGCUUCCUGCACCAGCACCAGCACCAGCCACAGCAACACAAAUAAGACACGGACGCAGCGGUGUCCCUCGGCCUAUCCAGGACAUGAGGGACGGUUGACAUUUAAUGAUAUAUAAUAAUACAUUAACUAAUUAUUUAUAACUCCAAUUAUUACCAAUGCGUAACUGUUUGCUGCCCAAAUAUAGGGCGGAUGUAAGCGAUCCUAAAACCCCAGAUAAACCCUUCUAAAGUGAGCAGAAGAAACUAUUUAUACAUGUACGCGGAAACUAAAGCGAUAAAACCAGCAAGAAGUCUACUCAAAGUGUAGCCGCCAACUCACCCACCCCCAACUCCUUUGAAUCCCGACCCCGAAA